AUGAUCUUUCUCACCGAAACCUGGUUGUCUGACAAACAUCUCGACAAAGAAAUUCUUCCUCAUAACUACGACGUAUUUCGUGUCGAUCGAAAACAUAAAACUGGAGGUGGUGUUCUUAUCGCUAUUAAGGAAUUAUCUUUUACUGAAGUUAAACAAGUGGCCAUUGAUCAAUACCCUGAUCUUGAAAUCGUUUGCGUUGAGUGUAGUACGGGCAAAGACAAGCAGACUCUUGUAGCUUGCUGCUACAGACCUCCAAAUUCUACCCAGAAUUGGUUUCUCUCUUUUAAAGAGUUCUUGAAGUGGGCUGGCCGUGCGUACGAGAAAAUAAUCAUCACCGGUGAUUUUAACUUUCCUAAAAUCUCGUGGUCUGAAAGUGCUGUAAUACCUGGUGGAGAACCUGAAUAUCUCUUUUACAAUACAUUGUCCGAUCAUUAUCUUAGUCAACUGGUUUACAUUCCAACAAGAGAACAGAACACUCUUGAUCUUCUCCUCACAAAUAUGCCUGACAACAUUGCUAAUGUCGAUAUCAUUGACUCCUCUACAUAUAAUUUAUUCUCGGAUCACAAAUGCAUUCUCUUUGAAUUCACGCAAAAAUUACCAGCUUCUCGCAAGAUCAGAAGAACAACUUACGAUUACAAACGUGCGGACUUUGAAGGAAUGAACAGGGCUCUGGAAACGUUCGAGUUUGAUUGGAUGACAAAUGAUUCCACCUCUGACAUUAACGACGAUUGGACUUGCUGGAGAGAUAGUUUUCUCACAAUCGCUGACAACUACAUUCCUCAGAAGACCAUCAAAGGAAAGUUUAGUCCACCAUGGAUUACUGGUGAAAUAUUGAAUGUGCUCAAAAAGAAAGAAACGGUUCGCCGAAAACUGCGACGCACCAUCAAGACUUGUGCAGACUCGAUCACGGAAAAGUAUAAAUCACUUCGAAAUACAGCCAAGAAGUUAAUUAAGGACAGUCGAGAACAUUUUUUUUGCUUCAAUGAGCAAGUCUCUGUAUUCCAACCCAAAACGCUUCUGGUCCUUCUUCAAAACAACCACUAAGUCUUGCAGAAUACCACAACAAGUGUCUUCUGCAAAUGGUACAAAUUCAUCGCGUACCAGUUCAAGCAACGCACAAGAAACAGCUAACCUUUUCAAUUAUUAUUUCAAUUCGGUGUUUUUAAAAGAGUCUGAUGAGAACUACCAUCCAGUUCCACCUGUUUCCAAUGAAUCCAUCACAGAGAUCAUCCUUGAACAGUGCGAAGUUCGCAAUGCACUCAACAGUCUGAAUCCCAAUAAAGCCUUUGGUCCUGACAACAUACCCACACGUUUAUUGAAAGAAUGUGCUUCUAGUAUCGCUCCAUCACUAACAUAUUUGUUAAUAAAUCGCUAA